AAAAACGGAGACCAAGUCCGGCACUAACCUACAUGCCGCCUCCUGGUCAGCACUUCCAUUCACAUUCCAAUGGAAGCUUCCCGCCUUGCUCCUCGCAGAAAUUUCACAGAACCCUCUAACAAGUUUGUCAAAUGAAACCACCUUUCAACUAUGAUGACACUUUAGAAUUAAAUUAAAACUCUAUGUCUUGUUUUGAUUCUUAUCAACCCCAACCUCUGUCUCUCUCUCUCUCUCUCUCUCUCUGAAAAUGCAUACUCAUCUCUUCCCAAGCUCUCUUCUCUUCUCUGUCAUCAUAACCUUCGUCCUCAUUCCGACGUCUUCGUGCGCCGAUGAGCGAUACGCGAACUGCAGCGCAACGUUUGAGUGCGCAAACAUUCCGAGCAUCGCAUACCCUUUCUGGGGCGGAAACCGCCCCGAGUACUGCGGCCACCCUAGGUUCGAGCUGGCCUGCGACGGUGAUUUGCCGGAGAUCAAAAUAGCGACCCAGUACUACCGAGUCCUUAAUAUUGAUAAUACAACGCACACCCUCACCGUCGCCCGAUCCGAUUAUUGGAACAACUAUUGCCCGGCGAGCUUGGCCAACACUUCCCUCGACUUCGCAAUCGUCAACUACGCUCCGUAUAAUCAGAACCUCACUCUCUACUACGGUUGCAAUUCUGCACUGCCUAGUGAGGUUUCGGUAUUCUCUAAUGCUUCGACUCAGUUUAGUUGUGCCAUAAACAAUAGGAACCUCACCGGCUACUUGCAAUUAUUUGACCCCGGCGCAACCACAUCUUCGAUUUUGAAAUAUCUCAGCGACUGCGAUUACAGCGUCCUGGUACCGGUCUUACAGUCAGCGGCUGAGAAGUUAGAGACGAGCUUAACACCGCUAACAAGCCUGGUUUCGGCGUUGAGGGGCGGAUUUGGGGUGCAGUGGGAUGCAAAUAACAGGGGGUGCGAUGAAUGCGAGGCGUCAGGCGGAGCGUGCGGGUACGAUUCCGGCGACUUCGCGUGCUAUUGCAGGAAUGGGACGUUUCCGACUACUUGCGGUGACGCAGGUCAUCGACGAAAAAAUUUUAUAGGUCAAGGAGGCUAUGGAGGAGUAUAUAAAGGAAAGCUAUUUGAUGGUCGUGCUGUAGCAGUGAAACUCUUAAUAAGAAAGUCCACAAGAAAUGGAGAAGAUUUCAUAAAUGAAGUUGCUAGCAUUAGUAGAACAUCCCAUGUUAAUAUUGUCACUCUUCUUGGUUUUUGCUAUGAGGGAAGUAGAAGAGCUCUACUCUAUGAAUUUAUGCCCAACGGAUCUCUUGACAAGUUCAUAUAUGAUCAUAAAUCUCCAAGUAAUUGUCAUAACUUGACGUGGGAAACAUUGUUGCAAAUUGCAGUUGGCAUUGCCCGAGGGCUAGAGUACUUGCACCGAGGUUGUACAACAAGGAUUUUGCAUUUUGACAUAAAACCUCACAAUAUUCUUUUGGAUGAGUACUUUUGCCCCAAAAUUUCUGAUUUUGGCCUUUCUAAGCUAUGUCAUGGAAAAGAAAGUAUUGUGUCGAUGAUGGACACCCGUGGUACUUAUGGGUACAUUGCUCCAGAAGUCUAUUGUAGAAACUUUGGAGGGGUUUCUUACAAAUCUGAUGUUUAUAGUUAUGGGAUGCUAGUUCUUGAAAUGGUUGGAGGAAGAAGGAAUAUCGAUGUUGAAAGAUCUCAUACUAGUGAGAUAUAUUUUCUGAAUUGGAUAUAUAAGCACCUUGACCUAGAGGAGGAUUUGAGACUUCUUGAAGUAGUGACUGCUGAGGAAGAAGAAAUGGCAAGGAAGAUGAUUCUAGUGAGCUUGUGGUGCAUUCAAACGAUUCCAUCAGAUAGACCAUCAAUGACAAAGGUGGUGGAGAUGUUGGAAGGAAGUCUUCAAUCACUAUCCAUUCCCCCAAAGCCUACACUAUCUUCUGCUUAAGAUCAUACCAACAUACUUCCACUUCAUCACCGUCAUAAAACCUAAUUCUACAAGUUGAUGUUCUCUCAUUGGAAUUAUAAGAGAAGCAUUCUUCAAAUAUUGAUCCUUGCCAAAGGAUUAAUGCAAAACAAUACCACCUUACACUUUGCCUAAUGUUGAAAAUGUCAUUUUAUUAUUUUGAUUCAAGCUCCCAUUAGAGAAGGGGUCCACGAGCCUAUACAUAUGAUUUCAAA